UGACCGGUACGUAAUAAUAUGGACACGGGGUUUGGGAUUCACUCGGAGGCACUUCGAGAUAUCGAUUAUCCUUGAUACUCACUGAUUCUAUCAAAUUGCUAUCAUGGCGAAUACCUUACUGUCGCAGAUACAAGCCCUAGGGGUUCUCGUGGACAUCGAUUCAAUGGAUGCCAAGGCAGCCGAAUCCUUGUCUGUCUCGACGACGUUUCAUUCCAUGACAUCUAACCAGGCGAUUGUCAAUGGCCAGUUACAAGUACAGUGGGACGUGAACCUGGAACCCCUUGUGUCUCAGUAUGUACAAGACGCCGCAAUCGACAUAUCAACAGAGGAUGGUAUUUUGAAGGUGCUCGACCUCGUGACUGUCCUUCUAGCCAGCAUCGUUAUUCCUUAUCUAGACAAGACGGGUAGGGUUCUCGUACAGACAUCCCCUCGCACAGCGUACGACAAAGAUGUCACCGUUGCACACGCAAAGGCUCUUAUCAGUGUCUUUGGCAAACACGGCAUAUCUAGAGAUAGGGUAUGUAUAAAAAUACCAGCCACUCCUGAAAGUAUCCUUGCGUGCAAGGAGCUAGAGGAAAGUGGCAUACGUACACUCGCAACUUGUUUGUUCUCUGUCCCGCAGGCUAUGGCAGCAUCGCAGGCGGGAUGUCUCUAUAUUGCACCUUACUUCAAUGAAUUACGAGUGCACUUUCCUGAAGGUUCCUCCUCAUACAUUGAAUACAGCGACCCCGUUCGGCAGCAUCCUAUGUCACCGAUCAUAUACUCCAUCAUCCAAGCCUUCAAGGAGAGACAAAUUAGCACGGCUGUAAUGCCAGCGAGUAUCAUUACAGUAGACGAGGCUGUUGCUCUAGCAAGACUUCGUCCGCAUCAUUUGACAAUUUCGGACAGGGUUCUCACUCUGCUCGCUGUUGCUCCAGGAAGAUCAGAUGAUGAGUUGGCCGCUGUUACAUUGAAAGUGAUCGAAGAAAAGUCUGUGUUUGAUGUUGACUAUCUGUCCAACAACGCAGCUGCCUUGCAAAUUGCACUUCCAAAAGAUGCAGAAACCUCUCGAAAGAUCAAAGAAGCUCUUGAAAUAUUUGGUCGGCAGGAGGAGGAAUCGAUCCAGUUCUUGCGGAAGGCGCUGUCUACUAAUGAAGCCUAACAAGUGACCUCACAACUGAGUUCAAUUGGGUUAUCAUGUCAAUCACUUCGUAUUAUCGCAUCGAAAGGGUACAUAAAUCAGUUAUUCUACGUACGAGAAAGGGUGUACUUACUCGUAUACCGGCGUGACAUAUAGGCUGGAUAUUACUCUCAGUUGGCGUCGUUGAUGAAAAUCCAUGUAAGAAAGAAGAUGAUCAAAGCAGUAUUUACAGUGUACGCUCAUUCUGCUAA